AUGGUCCCAGCGCCCCGUCGCUGUCUGCGAUGCGCCCGAUCAUCCCUUCAGUGUGACGGGAAAUCCCCUUGUCUACGGUGCCACAACUCUCGUCUUCCUUGUCGCUUUGAAGGUAGCCCGUCCACGGUGCAAAAAGCAAGCUCCGAUCUACCUUAUCGAUCGCAGUCAACCUCAGCAUCGCCAGCACCCUUAGCAUCUCAACAAGGCCGAUCAUCCAGCCAAGAACUCUUAUGGAUCUCCCGCGAAGGCCGAAGUGACGCGCGCUACUUAACCCUCUCGCCCAGCAACGAAAGUGUGACCCCCUCGCUCGUCGCCAAGGCUGCGGCGGCGGGACAGAUCCAAUUGUUCAUCAACUUUGUACUUGAUGCGUAUCCAUGCUAUUUUAAAGCUACUGAAACUCGAGUCCCGGUCAAUUGGGUCGAGUAUGUCGCCUCAAGAGAAAACGGCAACACCACGCCAUUUGAUCUGGCUGUCCGCAGCGUAACCACCAUGUAUGCCGGCAGUCGACACAAUAACCCUCAAUACUCCGACGCCGGUCGAGAGUUUUAUAUCCGUGCGAUACGUGGUCUUUCCGCCUUGUUGAAUGACGAGUCCAAGGCAAAAUCGGACGAAGCAUUAGCCACCGUCAUCACUCUUGCAGUCUAUGAGAUGCACUGCUGCACCACCGAAGAUGGAUGGAUCUAUCAUGCUGCAGGCAUUCGGGCAUUAAUGCGGCUUCGAGGGCCCAAGGCACACUACAGUGGAUUUGGCUGCGCAUUGUACAUCGCAUUUCGCAACACCCUAGUCACGUCUGCGCUAGUCAGUGGCGAGGAUUGUUUCUUGGAGGAACCCGAGUGGCAGGCCCUCAACGAGCAUAUCGCUGCAGAAAAUGCCAAGCAGCCAGAUUCCUCUGUCUAUACAGAUAUCACGGAGCGCGCCUUCCGCGAGGUUGUCAAGCUUCCAGGGUUUGUGAGGCGAACGCGCGAAUUUCAAGGUCUCUCUUUGAACGUGCAGAAACGCGACCGUCCCACGCUUCUACGGGAGAUCCUCGCUACCCGCGCUUCUCUACGAGGCAUACACACCGAGUUCAGCAUGACUGCCUCGACUCUCCGGGCAGGUCGUGAACCGAAGACCAGUUUCAUCGGACCGAUCCCAUAUCACUUCUUUGACGGAUUCUCGACCCUAACCAUGCAGGGUAUUCGGACCAGUAUUCUUCUCCUCAACUACGUUAUCAUCCUCCUCGACCCAUCGCAGCGUCCAGACGCAGAAGCAGAAAACCGGAUCAUUACAGAUCGAAUGCGAGCUGCGAGAGGUCCUCGGUCUGCCGAGAGCCAUGAGGGGUCAUCUUCUCCCUUGACACCGCCAGGGUCACCGGGUCGACCUCGUUUAAUGAUUGAAUCUCGAGUGACACCAGAAACACGCCAGCCUCCAACUACCGACUGGAUGGAUCGUAUUGCCACAACUAUGGGCAUGGAAGGUGUGCGAAUUAGUCUUGUUGAUGAUGGGUAG